CAUACGAAACUUUAAGACCUCCGAAAAGGACCCCGUAGGCUCCAGGAAUGUGGGUAUGCACCCUUAACGCCUUAGACGUCCUGACUUCCCCCUCUUAGAAGACAUACGGUAGCGCUUCCGCCCUCGCUCAAAUCUCGCUCAAAUCUCGGAAAAGGAGGGGCGAAGGGUUUAUGUCAUCAUCCUGCGCCCGCCUGCCCCGCGACGCGCCGGCGGCUGGCGCAGCCCUUCGCUCGCCCGGCCUCCCCCUCCCUGGUUCCGCGCUCUGGUUCCGCCAUGGAAUCCAACAAGGAUGAAGCCGAGCGCUGUAUUAGCAUCGCUCUCAAGGCCAUCCAGAGCAACCAGCCCGACCGGGCGCUCCGCUUCCUAGAGAAGGCGCAGCGGCUCUACCCGACGCCGCGAGUUCGCGCCCUGAUUGAGUCCCUCAACCAGAAACCACAGUCUGCCAGUGACCAACCCCAACCCACAGAGUCAACCCAUGCGACCCAGAGGAAAGCAGGUGGGGCCAACACCCCCUCGGCCAAUGGUGAAGCUGGAGGAGGAGAGAGCACCAAAGGCUACACCGCAGAACAAGUAGCAGCCGUGAAAAGGGUCAAGCAGUGUAAAGAUUACUACGAGAUCCUGGGGGUGAGCAGAGGGGCCUCAGAUGAGGACUUGAAGAAGGCUUACCGCAAAUUGGCCCUCAAGUUCCACCCAGACAAGAACCAUGCGCCUGGUGCCACUGAAGCUUUCAAAGCUAUCGGCACAGCAUAUGCAGUGCUCAGCAACCCAGAGAAAAGGAAGCAGUAUGACCAGUUUGGUGAUGACAAGAGCCAGGCAGCCCGGCACGGCCAUGGGCAUGGGGACUUCCACCGUGGCUUUGAAGCCGACAUCUCCCCUGAAGACCUCUUCAACAUGUUCUUUGGCGGUGGCUUUCCAUCUAGUAACGUCCAUGUCUACAGCAACGGCCGCAUGCGCUAUACGUACCAUCAAAGGCAGGACCGCAGGGAGAACCAGGGCGAUGGUGGGCUGGGGGUAUUUGUCCAGCUGAUGCCCAUCCUCAUCCUGAUCCUCGUGUCAGCUCUCAGCCAGCUUAUGGUCUCCAGUCCACCCUACAGUCUGAGCCUGCGACCGUCAGUGGGCCACGUCCACAAGAGAGUCACUGACCACCUGAAUGUCGUCUACUAUGUGGCGGACACGUUCUCUGAGGAAUACACAGGCUCCAGCCUCAAAAUGGUUGAACGGAACGUGGAAGAUGAUUAUAUUGCCAAUCUCCGAAACAACUGUUGGAAGGAGAAGCAGCAAAAGGAAGGCUUGCUGUACCGGGCCCGCUACUUUGGCGACACAGAUAUGUACCACAAAGCACAGAAGAUGGGCACCCCAAGCUGUAACCGACUGUCAGAGACUAUGAAAUCCCUGGAGAAUUUUUGGUGACAUGCACUGAGCCAAGGUGAUGAACUGUAUAUUUAACGAAAGACAUAAAAAGAAAAAAAUUAAAAUGGAAUUGGAGGCCGAACGCCGCACAACUGCCCUCUCUCUCACCCAGUAAAUGCAGAAAGCUCUUAGGACAGACAGGAAAACCUGCCUCAGGGCUGCUUCCCUUCCUCCCGAGGCUGGCGGAGGCUCUGGCUCCACAUCGGCUCUCUCCUAGGCUACGGAAACCAUGGCAACGGAAGUAGAAUGUCAAACUUGCAGCAAGUGUCUGUGGGAAGGGCUGGGGGAGGGGGUGCCCAACUGCCUUUCUUUCCCCUCCCCGGAGCCACCAGCAGUCACCUCAGUGGAAGCAAUCAGAGGUGCUGGCCAAGGAUAGAAGGAAGAAAGAGAACUCUCCAUAGAAUGUAAUUUAUAGAUGCGUGUAUGUGUAUAUAUAUCUAUUUAUAUGUAAAUAGCAUAUAUAAAGAGAUAUAUAUAUAUAUAUAUAGUCUACUUUUUAACCUCUGCAGGGAUUUGGUUAAGUUGUUUAGUUGAUUUCUCCCCUGUUGUAGAAAACGAGACCUGUUUGGGGAAGGCAGCCUGGUCCUUCAAAGGCUAGACCUUAGGCACAGCAGACAGCAUAAGGAAAGUCGGGUCGUAGCUUUUAACGUUCCCUCAACCCCAGCCUGUUUUUGAUGGCAGCAGUAAUCAUGAUGGGAUAAAUGUGUAGAAAACUUGGAAGGUUGCCAGGUUUAUGGUUAAGCUGGAGGGGAGCAGGCUGCAGGGCGGAAAAUGCCCGUGGGGCCAGGUGCCAGGUCAGUACUGAGUCAUGGUAGAGGCCCCAGACGGCGGCCUGUGGGGGUGAGACCACCCACCUCACGCUCUGGCCAGCUCAGGUGAGCUCUUGGUCCUGGUGCCCAGGAGCCCUCUGACCCCCCCCCCACUCAGUCCCUAAGUGAGUUUUGCCUUAUAGGUGCCACAGGGCACAGCCCUGUGGUUACGUCUAGUUUUUCCUAAGUCGUAUACCAAGGACUCCAGAAGGCUUUUCCUCCAAGAGUCAGCCAGGUGGUGCCCAGGACCCUGGGGCAGCAGCCAACUCCUGAAGAAAGUCCGUGACUCUGGACACCUCUGUCUCCACCCUCUGUGGACAUGAUGCCACCCAGCCUUCUCUCAUGCUUUAGACAAAGGAUGUACGUGAACCGGGAGGGUUUUCUUAUCUUAACCUUCAAAUGAGAGUUUUUCUCAAAACAGCAUUUGCUGCCAGGGAAAGGGAGAGAGGUUUUAUUUAUUCCCACAGUUUAUACUGGGCCUUUUGGAAUUACCGUUUUUCCCAAAUUUUCCUCUGGUGGUGGAUAUUUCAUUGAGUCUGCCAUCCUCCAAAGCCUUACUACCCCAAGCUGCCAGCCAGGAUGGGAUCACCACCCUCCCAGAGCCUCUCUUGGCUCUUUUUUUAAAAGUCCCCCAACAAAUAGGAUUCUUGCUGGGAAAGGAAGGUUGGCCAAGAAAUGUCAAACAUGGUUUUUAAACAAGGUCCUGCCCUGUGAGGAAGCGGCCACCCCAGGUGCAGAGAGAUGCUAAGAACUGGAUGUGGGUGAGAGCGCCCCACCCUUGGGGCCCCCGGUGCUCUGCCCCCAUCACCCUGACCAUCUGGUCCUGGUAGACGUCCCUAGACGGGCUGAGCCACGUGCAAUAAGAACAUAGGUCCUAAUGGAUCCCCCGAGAAGCUGUAUUUCUUGAAUUAGAAUUCUGAAAUUGUAUAUCUAUAAAUAUAUGUUUAUUAUGUGA